AUGAACGAGAAAGACCCGAUUGAUAUUGCCGUGGCUCCCGCCCCUUCCACUUCGAACCCGGCGAUCAUCGCAGUCGAGCUGGCUCCGUCAGAUACGCCUAUCGAUGACGACGAGGCACGCCGGCGGGCGAUCGAGCAGAUCUGGUGGAAAGAUAACUUCGAGGCCUUCGCCACCCCCUUGAGAAGUGGGGACUUCAGCCAAGCUGAGGGUCAGCUCGCGGAGAUUGGCUAUGUCCGAAAGGCCAACAGCAAUGUCGGCUUGGAGCCGAUUUUCGACAUCCAGAUGACGUCGGCGCUGGGUCGCCAGUUGGGUCUGCUCAAUCUCAUGUCGCUCAUCGCUCUUCCCAUCCUCGCGCGGUCGGCCGGCUUUACGAAUUCCGCCAUCGAAUCCGUCCAACUCGGUCUCUAUUUUUUCAUUGGCCUUCGAAUUGCCUUCACAUACAGACUCAAGCUCAUGCGAGCUGUCUCCUACCCCCACAACCUGCUCACUCCAACCUCACGAGGAAUGGGCGAAACCUCGACCGCUACCUUCUGCUGGCCGCGCACGUGGACGUCCAUCACACGGUGUCUCUAUACGCCGAGACUCCAAACUCUUCGCGAGAGAUUUCUUCCUCGCUGGAAGCGGCACCUCAUCAACAUUCUUGCCCUCUUCACAUUCUGCGCGCCGGGCAUCAUCUUCGCCUUCUACCACAUCGCCGUCGUGACUGUUGUCGUCUGGUAUCCGAACCACACAUCCGUCUCCAACAAGCCAGCCCACUACCACCCCAUCUUCGAACUCUUGAGUCCACUCUCAUUCCUCCUCCCCGCCCUCAUGCUCGAUUUCAGUUUCACCUACCUACCUCACAUCGCUGAGCGUCGAGGCUUCCGCCGCGAGGAACACGCCAUUAUCGCUGGCUGGACAGACAAGAUGAGGCGGCUUCUGCUCAUUGCGAAUCCGAUUCGCGAGAGGCAGGUGGUCAGAGAGCGUAAGGAGGAGAUGGAUGCGUGGAAGAAGGAGGGCGAGACGAAGAGUGACGCGCUGAAGAGGGACGAGCUGGCCGAAAAGACAGUUAAGACAUAUGCCAGUCGAUCCGAGUUCUCUCCUUGCGUAGACCCGCCGUCUUUCGUUAGACCAGUGCGGCAGCCCAGGGUCAGGCGAUGCCGGCAGCUCCGAGCUGAGGAAUGCGGUGUGAGAUCUGCCGCUCCAGCUGCGCCGGAUACGAUGAUGUCGAUAAAGACAUGGACAGCAAAUUCGCGUCAUGACAUCUGCUUUUUCCCCGUGAGACCUGUCUUUGGGCGAUCUUUGGUCAUCCUCUUCUCCUGCAGGUCGGGACGUACGGUGGCCGUGAUGAGAAGUUACUUGGCUGCGCGUGUGUUUCACUGUGUCACGGAGCGAAACCAUGACCACCAACAGAUAGGUGGUGACGUCAAGUCGGUUAAUCUCAUAGCCGGAACAUCCGAUUCACCUUACCCGGUCAUCGAUCGAUCUUGCACGAAUGUCAAACAAGAAGCUGUUCUCAGCUCCUACUGUCCUCUCCUGACCUCACGACCGAUCACACAACACAACACAUCAGCACCUGUCCCGGCCGUCCCAUUUCCCCUAGCACCCAUCCUCACCGUCAAAACCACGUAUAAUGGCGAUCAAGCCAAACGACCUCCAAAACGCCGUCAAGACCCCGAAGUCACCCCAGACAAGUCGGGGAGCAAGGACCAGGGCAAAGAGAACGAGUACGAGCCGGGUCUCAAGCAGGGUCAGACGGAGAGGGAGGCGCAAGGCGGCGAGGCGUCAGAGAGCGGGAAGAAGAUGAAGGGCGCGAUCAACAUCAAUGGUGGACAGCAGGUCGACCCGGCGUAUCGCGAGGUGGGAGCCGGUGGGGAUGCUGGCAAUGAGGGUAACCUGGGCAUGGAGAAGGGGAAGGGCACGGGCAAGGCGCCGAGCAAGGGCAGGGACGCCAAGCUCUAA